AUGACGGUUUUCAUUGCUUCAUUGUUCCUACCAUACACUAUCAACUUCCGCCUCGCCAAAUCACCAGGAUCGCCGUCCUCCACUCCCAAAUCGCGGUCACAGCGAGGAUCCCCGCCUCGCAAUGGAAACACGGCAGCUGCGAGCCUGUUUCACAAGCGUGAGAAUGACUCAAUGGAGAAAGGCUUGCGAUCGGGCGAGGCUACGGACCACGAACGCUUCUUCGCGCCAGGUGGAAAAGCGGAUGCACAAAACGCCUAUUUUUCAGAGGUGGACGUGCGUGCGCGUCUGAGUACUCUGUCACAAAGCGAACCUCAUUCUCCUGCUUGGGGCUCAACCCAGACCUUCACUCAGCCGAGGCUGAAGAAUAUCCCGCUUCCCUCUCCCUCGAUCUUGAAGCACCAAGAGCCUGUCGCAAACCGCGAAACCGAGAAGCCAGCUACAGGGCUUGAAACGCUGAAGGAAGAGGAACGAAAACAGACCCCGAGCCAUCGCGGCUCGCAUCGUGGUUCUUUUUCAUUCUCUGAUGCGGACUGGUCUAUUGAGCCUGCGGAGCAAGGAAACGGUGGACUACGGAACGCAAUUCGUUCAGCGAGUGGUACUACGUUGGACGAACCUGUAUGGGUUGGCACUCUCGGUAUGCCGACGGACGCGCUCAAUCAACACAUCAAAUCCGAGCUUUCUGAAACAUUGGAAGAUGAAUAUCAAUCGUUGCCCGUCUUCGUGAAUGACAGCGAUUUCGAUGGCCAUUACACUCACUUUUGCAAAACCAUCUUAUGGCCGGUGUUCCAUUACCAGAUUCCAGACAACCCCAAAAGCAAAGCCUACGAAGAUCAUUCCUGGAUUUAUUACGUCAAACUCAAUGAAGCUUUCGCGCAGUGCAUUGCUAAGAACUGGAAGCGUGGCGACGCCAUCUGGGUUCAUGACUAUCACCUCCUUCUAGUACCAGCAAUGUUGCGUAAAUUAUUGCCUGAUGCACAGAUCGGCUUUUUCCUGCACGUGGCAUUUCCAUCUUCUGAGGUUUUCAGGUGUCUGGCACCGCGGAAAGAGCUUCUAGAGGGUGUUCUUGGUGCAGAUCUCAUUGGCUUUCAGAUCGAAGAAUAUUGCCGACAUUUUCUACAAACAUGCAGUCGCCUGUUGUGUGUCGAAGCCCGCAAUGAUGGCGUCCAACUAGAAGACCGCUUUGUUAACGUGGAAAAGUUUCCCAUUGGGAUCGACCCUAAAUCUUGGGAUCUCAGACGCCAAAGCUCUGAUGUGGAUCACUGGAUUAAGAUCAUUGCAAAUAGGUACCAGGGCAAGCACCUGAUUGUCUCCCGGGACAAACUCGAUUCGAUUAGAGGUGUUAGGCAGAAACUUCUCAGUUACGAGCUCUUUCUUAAUACCUAUCCCGAGUUCUGCGAUAAGGUUGUGCUCAUUCAAGUUGCAUCAUCAACGAAUGAACAGAUGGAACUGGAAACGACUAUUUCGGACAUCGCAAUGCGCAUUAAUUCAACUCACUCGACACUAGCCCAUCAGCCCUUGGUGUUCCUCAAACAAGACCUUAGUUUUGCGCAGUACCUAGCUCUUAUCACGGUCGCUGAUGCACUUAUGGUAACCAGUCUUCGUGAGGGGAUGAAUCUCACAAGCCAUGAAUUUGUCUACUGUCAGGAUGGAAAGUAUGGACCAAAGGCUCACGGUUCUUUGAUUCUUAGCGAGUUCACAGGAAGUGCCUCGAUAUUUGAUGGGCACGCACUUCUAGUUAAUCCAUGGGAUUAUCGCCAAUGCGCGGAAGCCAUUCAUACGGCAUUAACAAUGAGCGACUCGGAACGAGAAAUCAUGUGGCGCAAACUGUAUGAUGCAGUAUUACGAAACUCUACUACUAACUGGGUUAAAUCGUUCCGAGAUACCUUGUUCAAGGUCUGGAAUGAACACUCGUCGAGGGAAACCAUUGCUGUCCCGCGACUAUCUGUCCCACGCUUGGAGCAGGCUUAUCAACGCUCCAAUAGACGGCUUCUUUUCCUUGACUAUGAAGGCACUUUGGCAUCAUGGGGCUCUCCGAGCAGCAUAAUUCUUACAACUCCUCAACGAGCACUAGUCACUCUCACUGAUUUGCUUGAGGAUCCAAAAAAUAUUGUUUAUGUAAUGAGUUCUAGGCGGCCAGAAGAGUUGGAACGACUUUUCCGUCAGGUUUCCGGUCUUGGUCUUAUAGCUGAAAAUGGAUGCUUCGUUCGGGAGCCAUCAAAGGAUAGUUGGAUCACACUCAACCAGGGGAACGACAUUAAAGAGUGGAAGGCUGGAAUUAAAGGGAUCCUCAACUACUUCCGUGAAAGAACCGAGGGAAGUUGGAUUGAGGAACUCCAUUGUUCUCUUGUAUUCCACUACGGUGCUGCUGAAGACAAGGUUGCAGCAGCUCGCCAAGCCUCUGAAUGUGCAGAUCAUAUCAGCGAUGCAUGUGCGAAUCAGCGCGUGCAUGUUAUUCCAGUCGAUGGUGCCGUAAUCAUUCAAUCGAGUGAUACAAACAAGGCGAAUGCAGCAGAGCUUGUCUGGCGUUAUUGUAUUGAACGUGGUAAGAGGGAUGGUAUAGAUGGUCGCCCCGACUUUCUAUUUGUCGUGGGCGAUGGCCGCGAGGAUGAGGUCGUGUUCCACUGGGCAAAUAAACUGGCCGAUGCCAAAGCUGUCGAACACGCUAUUACAGUAACACUGGGCUCACGAAGCACUGAGGCGAGAGCUACUUUGAAUCAGGGUGUCACUGGGGUUCUAUCUUGCCUUCAACGGCUUGCCACGCAAAACUAG